AUGCAAUUUCUAAAUCUAACCAUUGUUUUUGUCCUUGGACUCCUUAUCUUCUACUACAAAUCAAUCUACAACUCCAUCCGUGAUCGUCUCCGAAUCUAUCAUUUUCUAUCAAAAUUCGAUGGUCCAUUGGCGUUUCCAUUAGUUGGAAAUUUGUAUUUAGUCAAUAUUUUUGAUAUUUCCAAAUUGGUAGAUCAAGUUUUGCAUUUGGCAUGGUAUUACUGUAAAAAGGGAUGUGGAAUUGUUCGAUUAUGGAUUGGUCCCGUUCCCAUGUUGGCUGUAGUCAAUCCGAUUUAUGCUAAGGAGAUUUUGGAAUCAAAUGAAGUGAUAACGAAGGCUGAUGAGUAUGAAAUUCUGUUUCCUUGGCUUGGCACUGGACUUUUGACAUCCACAGGAGACAAAUGGCGUCAACGACGAAAAAUGCUGACUCCGGCGUUCCAUUUUAAAGUGCUCAAUGAUUUUUUGAGCGUUCAUGAUUAUCAGGCAAAGGUUUUCCUGGAACAAAUCAAGCAGUUUGCGGAUUCUGGAGACGAAGUUGACCUGUUCCCAUAUAUCAAACGAAUGGCUUUGGAUAUAAUCUGUGAAACUUCAAUGGGUGCUACGGUAGACGCUCAAAAUAACCAUGACCAUCAAUACGUGGAGUCUGUCAGACGUCUCAGUGAAAUCGGUUUUCUCUGGAUCAUCUAUCCAUGGCUGAAAAUCAAACCGAUAUGGUAUCUGAGCGGUUAUGGCGCCGAAUAUGAUCGGCAUUUGGAAAUCGUGUUGGAUUUUACGAAAAAUGUCAUCGAGGAAAAGUGGACCGAAUAUCAGCAAUAUCAGUUGGGAGCCGAGAAAAAGGAUAAGAGAAGUAUGGUAUUUUUGGAUUUGUUACUUCAAUUGAGAAGCGAGGGAUUGAUGAACGAGGAGGAUAUUCGAGAGGAAGUGGACACUUUUAUGUUUGAAGGUCAUGACACCACUGCAGCAUCUAUGGGAUGGACACUUUGGUGUAUUGCACAUAAUCCGGAUAUCCAAGAAAAAGUUAUUGAAGAAGUGGAUCGAAUUUUUGGUGGAUCUGAUCGGGAUUGCACAAAUGAGGAUUUGAAACAAAUGAAAUAUUUGGAAAAAUGCAUAAAAGAGAGUCUCCGAAUGUUCCCACCAGUCCCAUUUUUUGGAAGAAAAGUGGAGAAGGAUGUGGUGAUACACGGAAAUUUCCUCCCAAAAGGAGUCCGUAUCAUCCUGGUCCCUCUGGUCCUACAACGAAAUCCACUUCUCUUUGAAAAUCCAAACGUCUAUGAUCCCGAAAAUUUUUCCGAAGAAAAAAUGAGCAGUCGUCACGCCUAUUCAGAUGUUCCAUUCUCUGCGGGACCACGGAAUUGUAUUGGUCAGAAAUUUGCAAUGAUGGAAGAGAAAACAGUGAUCUCAUGGUUCUUCCGGAAGUACCGUAUCAGUGCCAACGUGGCAUUUGAAGACAAUAAAAUUCUUCCGGAAAUCAUUAUGAAGAGUUCGCUAGGAUUUCCAGUUACUAUCACUCAUCGAAUGGAUAAUAAAUGA